UUUUAUUUGUUUUGCCUUUAACCCUUUGAGUAACUUUGGCUCAGAGUUUGGGUUGAAUUAGCUAAUAUUAUAAAUGAACCCGUUGAAUAGCCAGAACUUUUGAUGAACAGUUUCUCUUGUGAGAUAAUUGACUUGAUUCAAUCUAAUACUUUUGUAUAUUUUUUAUCGGAAAAAAGGUUUUUUUAUCAAUAUAAUUUAUUAACUUUUUCCCCUUUUGAAUCUUUAUUCUUGCUUUAUUUACUUUUUCCUGUUACUAAUUGCUGCUAAUUAACCGUGUUUUCACGACUACAUUUUUCUGUAUCGUCAACUAGUCAACUUACAUGUUAUCAUACAUGUUUUACUUUGCUUCACAUUCUGAUCAUCAUUCAUUCAAUCAACUUGUAUUUUGCCAUAUUAGUUAUUUUUUCAGUCUGUCUGUCUCUCUUUCCGGCUGGCAAAUAUUUUUAAAUAGCAACAAAAUGGAUAACCAAAUUAUCUUCUCAUAGUGUUGGGUUAAUGUUGGGAUGAACACCGGUAACAACCUGAACCAGGCAAACUGAUCAAGAUCAUAGUGUCAAAUUUCGAUUUUGGAGGAACAAGUAACAACCAAAAUACCAUUCAAAAGUCAAGUUUGGCUGAAGUUGCCUUGUGGGAAAAGUGAAGAAUCGGUAAACCGGUUAACCGGAUCCGAACAACUCUCUCCUGUUUUUUUUCUUCAUUUUUUCAUUCAUUCAUCCUCACUCAUUCAUCGUUUAAGGAAAAGAUUUCAUCUUUGUUGAUCGUUUCUGCUUCUUUUUCUCUCUCUCCUCUGCUGUUCAAUAUUUCCCUCUCCUUAUUUUUUUUGGUGGUAUAGGUCAUCAUCCUUGAUGAACUGAGUGAGAUUGAAAAGGAGACAAAGUGUUUGAGUGAGAGGGAGAGAGAGAGAGAGAGGAAAAAAAGAUUCAGAGAGGUUUUUCCAGUUUCAAGAUGGACAUGACCAAGUUGAAUUGAAACCAUUUUGUCAAUUAAACGCAAAAAAAUGCUGUUGAUCUUGUUGAAAAAAGCUUCAUAAAGAAUGCAGGUGAUAAAUUUAUAAUUUAUGCUAUCCUAUCUUUCAUCAUCUCUGACUUUAGUCCUUGUUUUUUCCUCCCUCUCUGGGUUACCUCUGCUUCUCCCAUGAUACCAAUAUUCCACUGAACUAUUAUCAUUCAUCACCGUUUUGCAUUGCAUUACCUAUGAAUAGUUUACGACAAACAAUUUUGUAACGCCAUCGACAACAAUUCAACAUCGAGAAUGAUAAACAAAGAAACUCAAUAACUUGAAUCAACUCUACACAACUUUACCAAGUUUUUUUGUUACUCUUCUUUCUCUUCAUCUUCUUUUUUAUACAAACCCAAAGCUACAAGGUAUUUCUAUUAUUUUGUUUCCCUGGUUUCAUUGUUACCUUUGGUUUAUUUUUGGUGUGACUGUUUCUGGUUGUGUCUGGUAUUCCUCUCUUUUUGUCUCACUUGUGGAUGCUUGUGAGGUUCAAUUAUUUCUCAACAUACUGUGUAGAUAAUUAAUGUACCCGGUAUAAUUAAUCCUAGUCCUACUGUUCCCAUUUUAAAUCAACUCAAAGGAUUGUUUCAACAACUAUACAUAUUUGCCAACAACAUAUCUUUCAAUUACCACGUUAUCAAAAGAAACAGAGAGACAAAGAUACGGACUCUCAAACAACCAGCAUCAUGGAUUCCUCUGAUUAUGAAUACAUACGAAAUAUGACGUUGAUGUUUUUUCUGGAUCGACUCAUGGACAAAGGUCAACCUAGAAGUUUACAUGACUUGUCCUGUCAAUUUGGUACCAAAGGAUUUACCAAAGAGAUGAGACAGAUUGCUGGUGGCUCUCAGCGAGGGUUGAGAAAAUUUUUAUCUCAAUAUCCAUCUCUUUUUACCAUUGAAGAUGAUCAGGUUUACAUUACAAAUAUGGUUAGCAAAGAUGCCACCAAGGAACGCAGAGAUUAUAGUAAAGAAGCUGCCGACUAUUUUCGUCAAAAGCUGGAACAAUAUGGCCAUGCAGAAGUCCCAAUUAAAAGCUUAUUUGGCCAUAGAUCACAAGCUCCACCUGAAAUACGUCACGUUUCUGGUCAAACUGCUCGAGAAUUCAAAGAUUUUCUCUGUAAAAAUGAAGACAUCUAUGUUGUUACCGAUGACUAUGUUGUACUGAAAAGUGUCCUUGAAAAAGUUGGUCCUGAUGGUGAACAGCUGACCAUUCGUCGAGUGCCCGAGGAAGUAUCCAUUGAUCCAUAUUUAAUGCAGCAACUUGUCAAUUUACUGGAAGAUGUUGUAUUUACCUUGAGUAAUAAAUGUGAGAAGAAACGUGCCAAUACCAACAACAAUAAUGAUAAAAAUUACCACCGAAAUAAUAAUAACAACAAUGAUGCAGAAACAUCUGCCAUUACAUUGGAUGAAUUGUUUAAUUAUAUGAAAGAUAAUCAUGCAAAUGAACUCUGGUCUCGUAUGGUGAACAACACAAAUGAUCUGUGUACUUUACUCAAAAUGAAUUCUAAAUUAUUUCUCGUUCAAUCAAUUUAUGUAAGUUUAACACCUGAAAGGGAGCAACAAAUUCGUAGUGGACAAAAAAAUCAUAGUCUUUUAAAAUUAACCUCCAAUGGUACCAAUGGAUUGACCAACUCUUCAUCCCCAGCCAGUGACAAGCAUAACAAUUCAAACCGAGAUAUCAGCAAUAAUUCACCACCCAGUCAACAAAACAGUGGUAACAGCAGCCUUACACCGCCUAGAUCAAUGUCUCCAGUGUCUAGUGUCUCACCAGUUUCAUCGCCUUCCCGAGUAAGCUCAGCGGGAUCUUUUCAACAGCGAGUUAGAUCACAGAUAAUGAAAGCACUGGCCGACAAUGCAUCAAUGUACAAAAAUGGUUACAUUAACCAAGCCAAAAAUUCACCUUACAAUUCUCAUUUUAACAACAACAACAUGAAUAACAAUAACCAUCAUGUUAACUCUCAUUACCAUUCUUCCUCUGUUUCAUCAUCAACCUCCUCAUCAGCCCAUUAUCAUAAUAAUCAUCAUUCUAAUUAUUCAGAUUCCUAUUCUCAACCGCAUAAUGUCUUCUCUGAUGCCACAUUACUCCGUUAUACUCAAAUAGUCAGCAAAACAAAGGAAGGAGAAGAAAUUGUCAACGACAUAAUCAACACUGAAUCAAUUGUUGCCAUUGACUGUGAAGGUGUUAACCUUGGUUCUUCCGGUUCUAUAACAUUAGUCGAAAUAGCGGUCAUGUCUCGCCCACCUUCGCCUACCAGUAAAAGAUUUGCUAAUCAAUCAAAUGGUGUUCGUUUUGGAACCAAAAAUGUACCCCGAAUAUACAUUUUUGACGUUCUUUUUAAUCCAGAUUUUCUUUCUGGUUGCCUAAAAAGACUAUUAGAAGCUCCCAAUGUGAUAAAAGUAUUCCAUGAUGUACGAAAUGAUUCGAGUGCACUUUACUUUCAACAUGGAAUCAGAUUAAUGAACGUCUUUGACACCCAAGUAGCCCAUUCAGUGUUACAACAGCAAAACUGUGGUAAACCUGUGUACAAAUCAAAAUUUAUUUCACUCCAAUCUUUAUGUGAACUUUAUACUGGAAUAACGUUGAGCCCUAGAAAAGAAGCGGUUAAAAAAAGUUUCCGACGGGACCAAAAAUUCUGGAGCCAUAGACCUUUAACUGAAGACAUGAUUUACUCAGCAGUCUGGGAUGUUUACCCUUUAGUGCCUGAUGUUUACCUUUCAAUGCAUAAAUCAAUUAAACCCGAGUAUCUGGAAUUGCUUGCCCAGUUAAACAAAGAAGCAGUUUUAUCCAAAAUAAAACCUGAAGAGGUUAAAACGAGUAAAAAAUUGCGCAAAAUUGACAUGGAAGUUACAGAUUUAAAGCAAAAAUUGUACAACACCGAGUCAAAACAAGUUAUCCUCAGUAAUAGAGAAAUCAGGUUACUAAGAUUUAUCGAUAUGACUGAGGAAAUUAAAGCCAAAAUUGAAGGAUCUCAAAAGGUGGCUAAAAAAUUGGAAAGAUUGGCUCGUAAACAAUCAGAGGGUAAAGAUGGUUCUGAUCGUAAUGCCAACAAUUUAUCCAGUGACUCGGAAGAUGGUGAAUCGGAUGAUGAUAGAGGCAACGAUAUGGAAGACUUUGACUAUUACGAUCAAUCUGAUUCUGAAUCUAAUCAAUCCCAAGAAAUGGUCAACUGUGUCAACAACAACUACCAUAAUAAUAAUCACAAUUAUAAUCAUAACAACAAUAAUAAUGAUAAUCGUAAAAGCCUAAGCCCAUCGGAAUCAAUUGUAUCUCAGAGAAGCUGUUGUAACUGUAACUGUCACACUUCGAUUAGUGAAACUAAACAAUCAAUUAUAUUAACAUCAACACCAAACUCAAUUAACCGGCAUUUGGUUGAUGCCUCCAUUCAAACAUUAUCAACUGGAGACAUUGCCAUUGCCCAGGUUUACCUACAAGACGACUAUUGACUGAAUAUUGUAAACAUAGCCAAGAUUGACUCUAAAUUGACUAAACAUUAUCAAGCAAAAUCGAGAUAAAUUAUACAUAAAAACCAUUUACAAAGAAAUUUAUAUUUUCAAUGAAAUAGAUUUUUAAAGGCCUUAUGUGGCUCAUGGAUAAAGUUCAUGGGAACAAACCUGGAUGAAUAUCAUUGGAAAGCUCCUUUUCAAGCAAAAAAGAAACUCAAAGAUCUAUUAUCAUCUCUAAGUCUUCUCACCACUUAUUGUCUCCCCUGAAACCAGAAUUUUGUGUAUAAUUACUUUUCUAUUGUUAUAAUUUACAUAACGAUUGAAUAAUUGUUUUUAAAUCGUUUCUAUCUCCUAAAUCUUGAGUCUUAAUUGUGUCAUGACUUCAACUCUCAUAGCUUCCUUUUUAAGUUGCCUUUCUCUUAAUUUAUUUACAACUGAUUUGUAUCAAAAUGCUAAUUGUUUUCCUUUUUUCUGUGCUUUUACUCAUUAACUUACCUUUUUUUUGUUCCUGGGUUAGUCCAUGAUGACAAUGACAAAUCUAUGCAUUCAGUGAUUUGGAUAUCAAACAAAGCUGCAAGACUGAAAUGUACUCUGUAUUGAUCAAUUAAUAACAGAAUAUAUUAAUCAAUUUUGUUGAUUGUUUACUUCAUUUUGCCAUUUGAAA